AUGGAGGAUUUGGUGGCGGCGCGCGACGGCGGCGCGGCGGAUACCGGCGACGACGGAUUCGACGUCGAGCGCGUGUUUCUCAUCCUCAGCGUCGAGGGCGCCGAUCGCACGCGCGCGCACGUCCCGUUACCCCUCGCGCGGGUUCGACCGUCGACGGAGGUUGGGGUGGAUCGAGGGACGCGCGCGCGCGGCGGCGCCGCCGAAACGGCGCGCGCGGCGGAGCUCGAACGCGAGAUGGCGACGAUGCGCGCGCGCGAAGCGCGACUUCUCGAGAGAUGUAGGGAGGAAAUGGCGGCGAUGCGGGCGAAGCACGCGGCGGAGGUGGCGGCGAUGCGGGCGCGGGAGACGCGGUUACGGGUGAAACUGCGCGAGGCGGCGGCGACGCGCGCGGCCGUCGAGCGAACGCGCGUCGCGAGCGAGACGCGCGCGCUUCGGGCGGCUGCGCGCGAGGAAUCGGGCAAAGAGACGAAUCGUUGUCUUGAAUUAGCGUUGCCGACGACGGACGUCGCGAAGGCGCGAGCGACGCGCUCGAGUGACGGUUUGCUCGACGACAUUGACGAACGCCUGAAAUCGCUUCAGACAUUCUUAGCGAGAGCGAAAGGGGCGCGACUGGACGACGGCGUCGACGUCGCGCGGUGA